GAGAGAGAGAGAGAGAGAGAGAGAGGGGAAAGACAGAGUAGGAUUAUACUUACCGAUCCUCUCUGCAGAAGGAGAGAGCGGCGGCAUAAGGGAGGCUCGCGCAAACGAUGGAGGGAGAAGGCUCCGAGUCGAUGGCCGCUCCUCCUCCUCCUCCUCCCAAGAUCUUCCACAGCGGCAUCUCGCAUGGAGUGGAUGGGUCGUCUGGAGUAGAUUCCGGCUGUUUAUGGUCGACUGCUGCUGGAGACGAGAAGGAGCCUAGGGAUGGGGACGGUGUGCGGAACACCCCUUCUGCGCCACCCAGAUGGCACACUGUUUCUCCCCAGGGGAGUUUGAAUCCAAAAUUCACCUCUUGGAGAAAGAUCCGGAAGUUGGGAAGGGGGUCAUUCGCAGAUGUCUAUAAAAUCGAAACUGAUGAUGGAUUCUUUUUCGCUGUAAAGGAGGUUCCUUUGUGGGAUCAAGGACACCAAGGCAAGCUGACGUUAUUGCAGCUUGCGAAGGAAAUUAAUCUUUAUAGACGGUUUGAACAUGAGAACAUAGUUCGAUAUAUCGGCACAGACAAGGAUGAUAAGAAGCUUUACAUUUUCCUUGAGCUCAUGACCAAAGGUUCACUUGCAACCCUUUAUCACAAAUAUAACUUGACAGAUUCCCAAGUCUCUGCAUUCACUAGGCAAAUUCUAAAUGGUUUGAAGUAUCUUCAUGACCAGAAUGUGGUCCACAGGGAUAUCAAAUGUGCUAACAUACUGGUUGAUGCGGGUGGAUCUGUGAAACUUGCAGACUUUGGAUUGGCGAAGGCCACCGAAAUGAGGGCCGCUAAAUCCUUCUUAGGAACUACUCAAUGGAUUGCGCCUGAGGUCGUCAAAAGUUUAAAGAACGGGAGCUAUGAGUUGGCAGCUGAUAUUUGGAGCCUUGGGUGCACUGUUUUGGAGAUGUUAACACGAGAGCCUCCAUAUUCUCACCUAGGACCGAUGGAAGCAUUGGAAGAAAUCAGAGCGGGCGUACUUCCUGAAGUUCCGGAGUCUUUAUCAACAGACGCUCAAGACUUCAUCCGCAAAUGCUUGUGUGUAGACCCAAAGGAUCGGCCUUCGGCUGCAAAGUUGCUAGGCCAUCCCUUUGUGAGGAAGCCACCUACUUCUUCUGGUUUUUUUGCUCCACCUCGUUAAAAAAUCGUAUUGUCACAAGGUUUUGCCAUGCCAUCCCUUUUCGAUUCGUUGCUCCUGAAGAUAUCUCCAUCAACUUACCACAUCUCUACUCUCCAAAGAUUUAUAACUCUUAACAGUCUACGCUAAACUUUUAAAUUGGAGCAACCAGUCCAUGUAUCUGUAGUGUCUAUGGUCCAUUUUCCAAUUCCCUAGCAAACUUGUCACAUUCUAUGGUUUUCUCCGUAAGUUUUAAUUAUGCCUCCA